GAAAUGACCGGUGAAAGUCAAGAAGCCCUCUUAGCUCUCUACUGACUACUCUCUCUCCGCGUAGGAUACAAAGACAUUUGACACCAAAGCCUAAAGCUGUGUGCCUGUGUUUUAUGGUUCUCUUUUCCAAUGAUGUCAUCAGCAAAGCAUCAGAGAAAUCAUAGAGUCUCUGCUACAACCAAGAACAAGAUUCUCAACACUGUUUCUUCCAUCUCAUCCUCAUCACCACCAUCACCAUCGUCCUCAUCCUCAUCAUCUCCUUCAUACUCACAAGACUCCCAAGAAGCCCAAAAGAGUUCUUUAAUCACCAUGGAAGAAGUUUGGGAAGACAUCAACCUUGCUUCCAUCCACCACCUAAACCGCCACAGCCAACAUCCACAACAUAACCAUCAGCCGAGGUUCAGGAGCCAUGACCGUCAGAACCAAAACCAUGAGUCCAUGUUCCAAGACUUCCUCAACAGACCUUUGAACCGGGAACCAAACAUGCCCAUAAGCCUCAACGGCAAUACCACCACUGUCACUGCUCUCUUCAGCAGCUCUCCUCUGGCGGCACCUCCUGCAACUGUUCUGAGCUUGAAUUCCGGUGCCGGCUUCGAGUUUCUUGAUAACCAAGAUCCUCUUGUUCUCCCUAACUCUAAUCUUCAUAGGCACAAUCACCUCACUGACGUUCCUUCAUUCAACACUUCUUUCGAGGAUCUUACUUGUUUUGGCAAGAAAAGAGGCCAAGAGUCCAAUGAAGGUUCAGGGAAUAGAAAACAUAAGCGUAUGAUCAAGAACAGAGAAUCUGCAGCUCGUUCCAGAGCUAGGAAACAGGCUUAUACAAACGAGUUAGAGAUUGAAGUUGCUCACUUACAGGCAGAAAAUGAAAGACUCAGGAGACAACAAGAGCAGUUAAGAAUGGCGGCAGCAAAUCAGCCACCCAAAAAGAAGACACUUCAACGGUCUUCCACAGCUCCAUUUUGAGAAAUCUACAAGUCCUUAUCUCUCUUUUGGGGAUUGAGAGGCUUUCACGAAGAAGUGAAAAAAUGGGAAAGUUUGUACUUUUUAUAUUAGCUAUAAGUAUAACUAAGCUAAAUCUGUAGAACCAAGAUAUUGCAGGGUAAAGAAGUAGUAAAAAGAACAAGAGAAAAAGAAAACAGAAAGAGAAAAGGAUCUUUCCAUUUCCUAAGGCACAGGAACACCUGUCCUGGGCCUCUCUCAUCCUUGUUCUGUCAUUUUCUUAUUCAAAACCCUUUUCAAUUCUGUACUAACUUGUAUUUUUGUAGUAAUGGUACUUAGUACUCUCU